CCAUUUUUGUUAUUCAGUUUAAAGGAUGAGUAUGAAUAACAGUCUUUGCUGGCUUCUACUUCCCUACUUUGUCUUCCUUCUUUCUCUUCCUUCUUCUUUUUCCUCUUUCUGCAACCACCAUGACAGUUCUGCCUUGCUACUUUUCAAAAACUCACUUGCUCUCAACACUUCACAUCAUUAUUAUUGGUUUGUUGAUCAUUAUCCUUGGCUUCAUGAUUAUUGCUCUUUUUCUUCAAAGACAGAAUCUUGGAAAAACGGCACAGAUUGUUGUGAGUGGGAUGGGAUCACGUGCCACAUCAUCUCAGGCCACGUGAUUGGUCUUGACCUUAGCUGCAGUAAUCUUCAAGGUCAACUCCAUCCCAACAGCACCAUCUUCAGCCUAAGACACCUCCAACAACUAAACCUAGCCUAUAAUGAUUUUUCAGGCUCUUCAUUAUAUUCUGCAAUUGGUGAUCUCGUCAAUCUCAUGCAUCUUAAUUUGUCAUACUCUCAAAUCAGUGGUAACAUUCCCUCGACAAUCUCUCACUUGUCCAAAUUACUGUCUCUUGAUCUCGGUAGCGUGUACUUGACAAUUGAAGAUCCCAACUACCCGAGAAUGAGAGUUGAUCCAUACACUUGGAAAAAACUCAUUCAAAACUCAACUAAUUUAAGAGAGCUUAAUUUAGAUGGUGUGGAGAUGUCUUCUAUCGGAGAGAGCUCUUUGUCCUUGCUAACCAAUCUGUCUUUCUCUUUGAUCUCCCUUAGUCUUAGAGACACCAAAUUGCAAGGGAAUCUAUCGAGUGACAUCCUCUUUUUACCCAAUCUUCAAAUACUAUCUUUGAGUGAUAAUAAAGACCUCGGAGGUGAACUUCCAAAGUCCAACUGGAGUACUCAACUAAGGCUCUUGGGUCUCUCUUAUACUGCUUUCUCGGGAAACAUUCCCGAUUCCAUUGGCCAUUUGAGGUCUCUUAACAUACUAGGUCUGAAGAAUUCCAAUUUUGAUGGAAUGGUUCCCUCAUCAUUGUUUAAUCUAACUCAACUCUUCCAUUUAGAUCUUAGCGACAACCACCUCACUGGGUCAAUUGGUGAAUUCUCAUCUUAUUCUUUGGAACUCUUGUCACUCUCUAAUAACAAACUGCAAGCAAAUUUUCUAAAUUCAAUAUUUCAAUUCCAAAAUCUUACUUAUUUGAAUUUGUCAUCAACUGACUUGAGUGGUCAUCUGGACUUACAUGAAUUUUCAAAGUUAAAAAAUCUAAAGUACCUCGAUCUUUCUCACAAUCGUCUUCUCUCUAUUAACUUUGAUAGUACCGCUGACUACAUCUUACCCAACCUUCAAUUCUUAUAUUUAUCUUGCUGUAAUAUUAGUAGUUUCCCUAAAUUCUUACCACUACUUCAAAAUCUGGUCGUUCUAGAUCUUUCUCAUAACAGCAUUCGUGGAAGCAUUCCCCAGUGGUUUCAUGAGAAGCUCUUACACUCCUGGAAGAACAUUCAUUUUAUUGAUCUCAGUUUCAACAAGCUGCAAGGAGAUCUCCCAAUUCCACCCAAUGGAAUUGGAUACUUUUCAGUAUCAAAUAAUGAGCUGACAGGGAACUUUCCUUCAGCAAUGUGCAAUGCAAGCUCCCUCAAAAUACUCAACUUGGCUCAUAACAACUUGACAGGCCCCAUUCCUUCAGCAAUGUGCAAUGCAAGCUCCCUCAAAAUACUCAACUUGGCUCAUAACAACUUGACAGGCCCCAUUCCUUCAGCAAUGUGCAAUGCAAGCUCCCUCUAUAUACUCAACUUGGCUCAAAACAACUUGACAGGCCACAUUCCACAAUGUCUCGGAACAUUUCCUUCUCUUUGGGCAUUGGAUUUGCAAAAGAACAACCUUUACGGAAACAUACCUGCGAACUUUUCUAAGGGAAAUGCAUUGGAGACUAUAAAGUUGAAUGGCAACCAAUUGGACGGACAAUUACCUCGGUGUUUGGCCCACUGCACAAAUCUGGAAGUGUUGGACCUGGCAGACAAUAACAUAGAGGAUACAUUUCCCCAUUGGCUAGAAAGCCUCCAGGAGUUACAGGUACUCAGUUUGCGAUCAAAUAAGUUUCAUGGUGUCAUCACUUGUUUCGGUGCCAAGCAUCCAUUUCCCAGGCUCAGAAUUUUUGAUUUGUCAAAUAACAAUUUUAGUGGGCCCUUGCCAGCAUCAUACAUCAAGAACUUUCAAGGAAUGGUUAGUGUGAAUGACAACCAAACUGGUUUGAAAUAUAUGGGUAACCAAUAUUCCUAUAAUGAUUCAGUAGUGGUUGUAAUGAAAGGUCAAUACAUGAAGCUCGAGAGGAUAUUAACUAUUUUUACAACCAUUGAUUUAUCAAAUAAUAUGUUUGAAGGAGAACUUCUGAAAGUCCUUGGGGAAUUGCAUUCUCUCAAAGGGCUUAACCUUUCGCACAAUGCAAUUACUGGUACCAUUCCACGAUCCUUUGGUAAUUUAAGAAAUUUGGAAUGGUUGGACCUCUCGUGGAACCAGUUGAAAGGAGAGAUUCCUCUGGCUUUGAUCAAUUUGAAUUUUCUGGCUGUGUUGAACCUUUCACAAAACCAGUUUGAGGGUAUCAUACCUAAAGGUGGACAGUUUAAUACAUUUGGAAAUGAUUCCUAUGGUGGAAAUCCAAUGCUAUGUGGAUUCCCUUUGUCAAAAUCCUGCUAUAAGGAUGAAGAUUGGCCACCACAUUCAACAUAUCAGCAUGAAGAAUCAGGAUUUGGCUGGAAAGCUGUAGCCAUGGGAUAUGCAUGUGGGUUGGUAUUUGGAAUGCUUUUGGGAUAUAAUGUUUUCAUGACUGGGAAACCACAAUGGCUUGGGAGACUUGUUGAAGGUGUGCUUAAUUAAUGAAGAGUGAAAAGGACAAAUCAUAAGGAAAGGAAAUAGUUUAGUUUAAUAUGGUUCUUUUGUGUGUGUCUGUAUGUUUUCUGUAAUUUUAACUUCUGUCCUUUGUGUAACAAAUCUCAUCUCUCUUGACUCGAGUGAUGUAUUUCAUGUUGUUUACAAAUAAGAAAAAAAAAUGUGAUGAUCAUAGAUUUCAAAAUGAGUGGUCAUCCAUGCGAUGAUAUU